GAAGGGAAAAUAACUUUUAAGCUAUCAGAGCAUCAUUCUUUUCAAUCAAGACUCUUUGGAUUGGUGUAUUUGCCGUUGAGAGACUAGUCAACAAUGGAGAGAUUUUUGUUGUAGUGGAUGACUCAUUUAGGUUACUUUCCCCCUCUUGAGACUGCUGGAUAUAGAUUUCUUUCUUUUCUUUUUUAUGCCUCUGUGUUACACCUCUCAGAUACUCUGUAGAAUCUGUUGGGACUUUUAUGGAGUGUGAAAUUUUAGCAGUAAGUGAAAAGUUUGGAGGAGCCAAGUGAGAUUAAGCAUGGCUGAUGGGACCGCAGCUCAGUGUUAAACCCUUCUGUCCUGGGCAGUCCAGAUAUGACCACGGUUUCCAUGGAGCCUGUGGGAGUCCUCGUGGAAAGGGGUGCCAAUGCCACCGACCCUCCUCUGAGCUCGCAUGAGGACACAGCCGCCACCUUUACCAUCGGCACCAUCCUCUCCAUCAUGUGCUUUGUCGGAGUCUCGGGGAACAUCUACACGCUGGUGGUCAUGUGCCACUCCAUGAGGACUGCAGCCUCUAUGUACAUCUACAUCAUCAACUUAGCUUUGGCAGAUCUGCUGUAUCUUCUCACCAUACCCUUUGUAGUCUGUACACACUUCCUAAAGGGAUGGUACUUUGGGGACGUAGGGUGUCGGAUUCUCAUCAGCAUGGACUUCCUGACCAUGCAUGCCAGUAUCUUCACGCUAACAGUCAUGAGCACGGAGCGAUACUUUGCUGUACUCAAGCCACUUGACACAGUCAAGCGGUCUAAAAGUUACCGGAAGGCCAUUGCUCUGCUGGUCUGGGUUGCAUCACUCAUCCUCACUCUACCAAUGAUUGUGAGCAUUCAGCUAAUGACUGUGGGCAACAAGGCCAUGUGUCAGCCCACGUUGUCGCCACUCUCUUAUAGGAUUUACAUCUCAUUCCUGUUUUGCACGAGCAUUGUUGCACCUGGACUGAUCAUUGGCUAUCUCUACAUCCAGCUUGCACGCACUUAUUGGAUUUCACAGACGGAGACCUUCAAACAGACCAAGAAACUUCCCAAUCAAAAGGUUCUGUACCUGAUCUUCACCAUCGUGCUCCUCUUCUGGGCAUGCUUCCUGCCCUUCUGGAUCUGGCAGCUGCUGGGUCAGUUCCACCCCUCACUGCCGCUGUCCACCAAAGCCAAACGCAACAUCAACUACCUGACCACGUGUCUGACGUAUUCCAACAGCUGCAUCAACCCUUUUCUGUACACGCUGCUUACCAAGAACUACAAGGAGUACCUGAGGAAGCACAAGCGGUCCUGGGCAGCUGGCAGCUACUUCAACAGGAGCCGUCGCUUUCAGCGCUCGCCACGCAGGUCGCCAUCUUCCAGCAGUCAGCAGUGUACUGAGAGCUUCAUGCUCACACACACAGCCUCUCUGCGGGCACAUAACAGCAGUUUGUAAGAUAUGACUGAGCUGUGCUGGAAAAGGGAAAAAGGACACGAAGUACCUGUUGGAGAUGACACCAACACGAGCAGGCCUACUCGUCACCACAGCUGUGAAGUGAAUGAAGAAGAUACUUUUGUAUUUGCUGUUCUGUGUGGACCAGCAGGAGACUGAAUGACAAGCAGGUGGCUGCUGUUUGACACCCCUCCACGUCUCUAUUUCUUUGUCACUCCCAGAACUUCCUGUGGCGUGGCGAGAAAGAUCAGCAUCUUACAUAACAAAUCAGAGACUUUAACCUUUGUGCUUUCUCGUAUGUUUACCCUCUCAAGGUGCUUUGUGUCAGCCUACAUGUGAAAGUCUCUUUGAAAUUGUUAUUUCUUGGUGCUGGAGAGGAGUCGUGUUCACAGUGCCAAAAGGGGAGUAAUGCUGAGAUGCACAAGUGACGUAAAGGCAACAUUAUAAUGCUAGGUUUUCACAGGAAGCUACGAUAACAGCAGAGGGGAGUGGUUCAAUGCAUUCCCUAUGAGAAAAGAGGAUUGCUGAAGGAACUUUUGGUAGCCAAUAAGAGGGAAGAUAUUCAUUCAAAUAUAUUCUCCAGGGACGUCUGGAAUGCCUUAGCCUGCUGCCCUCGCGACCCGACCCCGGAUGAAAAUGGAUGGAUGGAUAGAUGGAUAUUCUUCAGUGUAUAUAUGCCCACUUUAUUUAAAAUUCUACGCAAAUUACUUUAUUUUCAUUGGCUGCUACAGUUCAAUUGGUGGGCUUGUUAAAUAUCAUGUAUGGUGAUGUGGGAACAAUAUAAGGUUAGCCAGCUGAGUUAGCUAAGGACGUUGCUUUUCAAGCGAAAAAUAGGUUUAUCACUGUGUUCCAUUUGUAAAGAUGGAUAACCUCACUGCUCCCAAAAAGUAAAGUUAAAACAUUUUGAUCACCCGCUGAUGGCAGGGUGCGGUAUAGUGUCCAGCCCCCUCCAUGUAAGUGGAUGGGACAUGGACCAAACUAAAAACUCAGUAGAAUACACAUCAAAAAUUAUUUU